CUUUGAAAGGGUUAACGCCAAAAGAGUCAACCUCAAAUAUGUCAGCCUUGAAAAAGCCUACAUUCUCUUUUAAAAAAUUGUUCUACAAAAAGAUUGGGAGUUCUGAUAAUUCAUCUACUCGUAACAGUUCUAAAACAAAACAUUUGCCUAAUCAAAAACCGGUAAAUAAAGACAUAAUACAAAAAAUGUUGGCCGAUCAUAAAUUAAACAUGCAAUUAAAUGCAAAAGGAGGACAACCGGCGACUAAUUUAAAAAGGAAAAAUUGCGAAACAAAUGGUAAGAAUUAA